AUGGCGGCGGGCGCCUCGGACCCCCUGGAAGAGAUGCUGCUCUUCUCCGAGGAGGUGGACGAGAAGGCGGUCAGCGACCUGGUGGGCUCCUUGGAAUCGCAGCUGGCCGGCGGCCGGGGCUCCGCCGAGGCGCACCAGCCCAGGACCUCCGCUCCGUCCCAGCAGCAGCAGCCGCUGCAGCAGCAGCAGCAGGGGAGCCUAGCGGGGGGCAGCAGCCCCGUCCGGCAGCAGCAAGGGCAUCCCGUGCCUUCUCCUAUUGCCGGGACAGAGGAGGCGGCGGCGUGCCCCGGAGCCGCGGAGAGCCGAGCGCCUGCCCAGGGGCCGCUCCCGUCCCUGUCCCCCCCGGCGGCGGCAGCGGCGGCGGCAGCGGCGGCGGUGGCAGGGAGGGGAGUGAGUGUAAACAGUAGUAGUGUGCAGCAAUCACAUGGAGCGGCUCUCCUCAGCAGCGGCGGCAGUAGCAGCCCCGGCGCGCCCGCCGCCCUUGCCCCGCCGCAGCCCGCUGCCCCCCCGGCCUCCGCCGCCUCUGCCCAGCCUGUCAACAACCAUGUGGGUGCCGGCGCCGCUGCCCGGGACGCGGGGAGCCCCAGCCCCAGUGGCAGCCCGCCCGCUGCCGACAGCACUCCUUCGCAACGCGGAGAGGCCGCGACCGCCGCGGGAGGGAACGGGACCCCGGCGGGAGGCGGCGGGCCGGUGGGAGCGGCGGCGGGCACCGCCGCCGCCACCGCGCCGCUCCCCGGCGAGGCGGCGCCCAACGGGGAGGGCGCCGGGGGCCGGCCGGCGGCAGUCCCACCAGUCAGCAGCCACGGCAGAGUCGACGCCGCCACAGCUCAGCCCAAGCCCGCGCACGGCCCGCUCCCCGCAGUAAACGCACUCAGUAACAACGCCAGCCCAGCUGCCGGCGCGACCGCCCCGCCGGGACAAGGCUCGGUCGUCAACUGUGCCCCGCCGGCCCCCGCUGCCCCUGGCGCCGCGCCCAAGCCUGCGAUCGGCGCCCCGGGCGUCGCCAAGGCGGGCGCUACCCUGCCCGUCGCCCCCGCGGCUCCCCAGGCUCUGUCGCCCAGGCCGGCGCUGGGCGCUGCCCCCAGGAUCGUGGCCCCGCAGCUGAUCGUGAGGCCGCCGCAGCAGACCACCAUCCAGCUGCCCCCCGGCUUCACUAUCCCGCCUGGUAUGGUCUUGGUGCGCACAGAUGCUGGCCAGCUUGUCAUGGUGCCUCAGCAGGCUCUAGCCCAGGCUCAAAUGCAGGCUCAGGUGCAAACACAGGCCCAGGGUCCUGCCAGCAUUUCACCCAGGCUCUCAGUGCCCACCACUGGCCCUGUUUUUCGCCUGUCAACAGCUCAGCAGCCAACUUCUGUAGCCACCUCUACUGUCCGCCUGGGACUCCCUGUGCAAGCCAAAGUUGUGCAGUCAACUCCUGCCCCUGUCAGUGCUACAUCUGCUGCCACGCUGCCAGGAGCCUCUAUUCUUGCACACACCACAGUAUCAGUAGCUACAACGAGUGCUCAAAAUGUAUUUAAGACAACAGUAGCAACUGGAACAUCAGCUUCUCAGCAACCUGCAGUCAUUACUGGUGGGCAGACUCAAGCUUCAGCACAAACCCAGGGUCAGCCUCGGCUGCCACUUCCACCUCACACAGCAGCACAAGUACCAGCACAGCCCCAGGUCAUACCAAGCUCUCCUGUACCUGGAACUACAGUUGUAUCACAGGAAAUGCAAGAGAAUGUGAAAAAAUGCAAAAACUUUUUAGCUACCCUUAUAAAACUUGCUUCUCAUAAUUCACCAUCUCCAGAAACCUCCCGCAAUGUGAAAGCUCUGGUUCAAGAUUUGUUGGAUGCAAAGAUUGAUCCAGAAGAAUUUACAGGCCGCCUUCAGUCAGAACUCAAAUCAUCUCCUCAGCCAUAUCUUGUACCUUUCCUUAAGAAAAGCCUCCCUGCAUUGAGACAAUCUUUACUGAACAGUCAACACUCAGUUUUGCAAGGACAGCCGUCUCAGCAACCGAUUCAGCAAACCAAGCUCUCACAAGUUAUACCUCAGUCUGCCUCUGGAAGCAUUUCCUCUGUUGUCACCACACAGACAAUAGGAAUAAGGCAACCAAACAACAUUUGCACAGUCUCUGUAUCAAAUACAGUGCAGCCUCCUCAGGUUAAGGUGGUACAGUCAAAUCAGAGUUCUCAACUGCAGAUUAUCCAGUCCACAUCUGCUCAAACUGUGAAACGAAACCCUGCUUGCCAGACUACCCAGAUUAGGAUGCCAGUGGUAAUAACUCAGACCAUUAGACCACAAGGCACAGUAGGGAAGGCACCAACAAUACAAGCCAGCAAAAGUCCUGGGGGCUUUGGUGUUCAGGUCUCUGCAAAUCAGAAAAACAAGCUGAAUGACCCUGGAGGUGGUUCUUUCAGAGAUGAUGAUGACAUCAAUGACGUGGCCUCUAUGGCUGGUGUUAAUCUCAGUGAGGAGAGUGCCCGAAUCAUGGCUACCAACUCUGACCUGGUUGGAACCCAGAUACAGUCCUGUAAAGAUGAGCCCUUUCUUGCUGCUGGACCUCUACACAAGCGCAUACUUGAAACGGCUAAAAAACUAGGAAUUACUGAUGUGCCAGCUGAAGUGGUUACUUUUAUUUCCCAUGCAACACAGAACAGAUUAAGAACAGUGAUAGAAAAAGUAACAGUGAUAACACAGCACCGAAUGGAAUCGUACAAAGAUGAUGAGUGGUAUGAACAAGCUACAGACGUCCGGUCACAGUUGAAGUUUUUUGAGCAGUUGGAGCGCUUAGAGAAGCAAAGGAAAGAUGAACAGGAAAGGGAAAUCUUGCUAAAGGCUGCUAAGAGUCGCUCAAGGCAAGAAGACCCAGAGCAAGCCAGACUGAAACAAAAAGCAAAGGAGAUGCAGCAGCAGGAACUUGCACAGAUGAGGCAGAGGGAUGCCAAUCUCACCGCGCUGGCGGCUAUCGGUCCCCGCAAGAAACGGAAGCUUGAUUCACCUGGGCUGCUGACCAUAGGAGGAGAGGGCCUGAGCAUGUCUGGUGGCAGCCAGGCUGGCCUGGGGACUCCCUCGUCGCGGCAGUAUGCACGGCAGAAGAUAACGCGCGUAAACCUCAGGGACUUCAUCUUCUACAUGGAGCAGGAGCCAGAGACCAGCCGCUCUCUGCUGCUCUACAGAGCUCUGCUGAAGUGAAGCCAAGAAUUCUUCUUCUUUCUCC